AUGCUCGCCCUGCUGCCAGCCUUGCUCCCGGGCCUCUGGACGCGGCACCCACAGACUGGCUGCGGAAGAAAUGGCAAUGGGGCGCGCAUAGAAUUCGACUUCGACGGCGAAGACUGGCAGCCUUUCGCAGGUGCGGACUCCCUUGAGGCGUGUCAAGCAGCAUGCCUUUCCACGGAGGGCUGCGAGGCCGUCCUCACGGACACGGCUCGCAACGCCAACGCAUUUCGGUGCUUCCGCAAGGGCGGGAUCGAACUUGACAAAUGCCGUUCAGGACCCACUGUCCCUUUUGAUCUGUACCUGCUCGAAGCACCCGCGUCGCCGUCGCUGGCCAACGGCGAGUGUAAGAGCUACUGUGCCACCCACACGCUGGGAUUCUCGAAGCUAUGCCAGCGCAGCGCCUGCGAGGGUUGCACACACCAAUGCGACGCUUGCGACUACGACUCUGAGUAUUGGGACGGGGAAGCCUGCCGCGAGGUGUUUGCACCGCCACCGCCACCGCCCCCUCCCUCUGUCUUCGACGCAUCCGGAAGCGACUACGUCGAUGGGACCACGAUCCCGGCUCGCGGACUCCCCUGGCACGUCUCCGUCGACUUCAGCGAAAACGAGCACGGGAACCACUGCAGCGGCACUCUCAUCGCCCAGCGGUGGGUGUUGACUGCGGCGCACUGCCUGAGGUCCUCCCGUCCGGUGCGGAACGUCACGGUGGGCCUCGACGACGCGGGCAACCCGGACGAUUGCACAAAGACGCUCGGCGUUAUUAAAACCAUUGAACACCAUCUGUACAAGUCGACGGAGCAUGCGACUCUGUGGAAGGAGGAAUUUCUUUCUCCGGAGACGGCAAUCACGAAAGAGGCUUUGAUGGAACACAUCAAGGCCUUCGACGUGGCGCUGCUCGAGUUGGACGAGGACGCGCAGUACGCUCCCAUCGACCUCCUCGACGCGUCCGACAGCGGCAGGGCCGACCCUGGGAGGCGGCUCGUUGUGGCUGGCUGGGGAGGAAGCGACACUAGAAGCGACAGCAGCGGCAGCAUCACAGAGCGAGCGAGGCACGCGUAUGUGCCCGUCAUCGCAAACGGCGCCUGUUGGGCGAGAGCUCUGUUUUGCUUUGACGUGAUCAUCUCCGACGACAUGGUCUGCGCGGGCGGGGAGGGCGCCAAGGUCUUCCCGGGCGACUCGGGCGGGCCUCUGUACGCGUUGGACGACGACGGGAGAGCGGCCCUGAGCUUUAG